GUAACAAUUCUGUGUCCCUCAGUAUCAAUUCUGUGUCCCUCAGUAACAAUUCUGUUGUCCCUGAGUAACAAUUCUGUGUCCCUGAGUAACAAUUCUGUGUCCCUGAGUAACAAUUCUGUGUCCCUGAGUAACAAUUCUGUGUCCCUGAGUAACAAUUCUGUGUCCCUCAGUAACAAUUCUGUGUCCCUCAGUAACAAUUCUGUGUCUGUCCCUGAGUAACAAUUCUGUGUCCCUGAAGUAACAAUUCUGUGUCCCUGAUAACAAUUC